AUGAACCUGGUCAAGGUUGCCACCUUGUUAGUAAGGCUCUGGAUGUCUUUUGAAUUUAUCGGCUCUUUCAUGUCAAUGAUUGCCUUGAUUUUCUCGGGGUUGGCUUCAAUGCCUCAUUGGCUAAUCAUGAAACCCAAGAAUUUUCCAGAGCCCACGCUGAAGGCGCAUUUGUUAGGGUUCAACUUCAUUCGAUACUUCUUCAGGAUGAUGAAGGUUUCAGACAAAAACCGCCCCCCCCGACCACCCUCCCCUCUCCUCCCAUCACCAUCACAGCCCUUCCCCAUCACCACCGCUGCCUCACACCAGUCCCCUUCUAUGGAGCCCUCCACGUCAGCAGCACCGCCGGCUAACGUAAGCUACAAGUGCUCUGUUUGCGACAAGGGCUUCUCUUCUUACCAAGCACUGGGAGGACACAAGGCUAGCCACCGAAAAGGCUCUGCCGCUGGAUCGGUCGUCAAAGGUCCGUCCACGUCCUCAACCACCACAACCUCCGCCACCACCACCGCCACCCCUUCGGGAAGGUCCCACCAGUGCUCCAUAUGCCACAAGUGUUUCCCCACCGGUCAAGCCUUGGGCGGCCACAAGCGCUGCCACUACAAUGGCGGCGCCGCAGGAUCCACCGCUACCACAAGCUCUAUAACUUCCUCUGAGGGAGUCGCGUCAACUUCUCACGCAAUCAGCCACGGCCACCCCCGAGAGACGUUUGACCUGAACCUGCCGGCGCUGCCCGAGUUCUCUCGCGACUUCUUCGUAUCCGGCGAGGACGAGGUGGAGAGCCCCCACCCGACGAAGAAGCCCAGGCUUCUGCUGAUGGUGAAGCCCAAAAUGGAGAUUUCACGGGACCAACAAAAUUAGGACAACGAUUCGGACCAACUUUGCAAAUCAGCUCCCGUAGGCAUUAAAUUAGGAGGGUGGGUCCAGGGGGAAGGUUUGUUUGCAAGGGUGGAGGGUUGCGCAGAGGUGAGUUUCAAUUUGGUUUUUUUAAGGGUAAAUUAUUAUAAUAUUUUAAAUAAAUAAAAAAUUAUUUUUUUGUCACGUUGCAUAACUGUGACAUCCACAUCAGUUUUUAAUGGAUCAAUAGAUGAAAAAUGUUACAAAGGUACUAUAUUGCAAUAAAAUGAUAAUUAAAGUAUGAAAGUGAAAUGUUUUAAAAAUGUAUGUGAUUGUAAUAGAUCUAAAACCUGAAGAAAUAGUGUAAUUUACCCUUUUUGUUUUUAUGUUUUUAAUCAUUUGGUCGGACACAUACAACUUUCUUGAGUUCAUGUCACAAUGUAUUUUUCACAACCUGUCGAUAUUUCAAAUUUCAAUAGUGAAGAAACAUUCUGCCACAUUAAUAUGAACAGUUCUUUAAAAGCCUGUCGCUCCAUCCAAAUUCUAUCCAGC